AUGUGCGAGGAUAAAGUGCAUCAGUGCGGGGACAGCCAGCCUAGGGGGCACUUCCGAGCAGGCGGAGAGAUUCCGAGGGCUGCGAAGCGAGAAACAAAGAGAAGGGAGGACAUGAGCGAAGGCAAAGGGAGGGAGCAGGGAACCAGCUGAGUUCAAUCCCGCCAGGAAAGCUCCUCCCGUCCGGCACAUCCCUGAGAGGCGCAGGGACAGGUUUUCCCCCUUUGGUCGAGAAGACGAAGAAUCGAGUGGCCCCAUGGGGAAAGGGGGUGAGCAAGGGGGGGAUUCGGGGAAGCCGGCGGCGCAGAUCCGCUUCUACACCUGGGAGGAGAUCCAGAAGCACAACCUGAAGACGGACCAGUGGCUGGUGAUAGAGCGCAAGGUUUAUAAUGUCACCAAGUGGGCAAACAGGCACCCGGGGGGCCACCGAGUGAUCAGCCACUGCGCCGGAGAAGAUGCCACGGAUGCAUUCCAGGCCUUCCAUAUCAAUCCCACCUUGGUGCAGAAGUUUCUUAAGCCUCUGCUUAUUGGAGAACUCGCUCCAGGGGAGCCCAGCCAGGACCGAGACAAAAAUUCCCAGCUGGUGGAGGAUUUCCGGACCCUGCGGAAGACAGCGGAGGACAUGAACCUGUUCCAAGCCAGCCCCUUGUUCUUCUCCCUUUACCUGGGCCACAUCAUUGCCAUGGAAGUUUUGGCUUUGCUUAUGCUUUCCUACUUCGGGACUGGCUGGAUCACAACCCUCAUCCUUGCCUGCAUCCUUACAACUUCCCAGGCCCAGGCAGGUUGGCUGCAACAUGAUUUUGGACACCUCUCUGUCUUUAAGAAGUCUUCCUGGAACCACAUCGUCCACAAGUUUGUCAUUGGACACCUGAAGGGUGCCUCUGCAAACUGGUGGAACCAUCGCCACUUCCAGCACCACGCCAAGCCCAACAUCUUCCAGAAGGAUCCAGAUGUGAACAUGCUGCACAUUUUUGUCCUGGGAGACACGCAGCCCGUUGAGUAUGGCAAGAAGAAGCUGAAGUACCUGCCUUACAACCACCAGCACGAGUACUUCUUCCUCAUCUUCCCGCCUCUGCUCAUCCCUGUGUAUUUCCAAAUCCAAAUCAUCUCGACCAUGAUCAAGCGCAGGUUCUGGGCGGACCUGGCCUGGGCCAUCAGCUACUACCUGCGCUACUUCAUCACCUUCAUCCCGUUCUACGGCAUCCUGGGAUCCCUGUGUCUCCUCACAUUUGUCAGGUUUCUGGAGAGUCACUGGUUUGUGUGGGUCACCCAGAUGAAUCACAUUCCAAUGGAAAUUGAUUCUGAGAAGCACAGAGACUGGCUGAGCUCCCAGAUAGCAGCAACCUGCAACAUUGAGCAGUCCUUUUUCAACGACUGGUUCACCGGGCACCUGAACUUCCAGAUCGAGCACCACCUGUUUCCAACAAUGCCACGGCACAACUUCUGGAAGGUAAAGCCUUUGGUGAAGUCAUUAUGUGCCAAGUAUGGAGUCCAGUAUGAGGAGAAGCCUCUCGGGAAAGCAUUCAUAGACAUUGUUGGGUCCCUAAAGAAAUCUGGAGAUCUCUGGCUGGAUGCUUAUCUCCAUAAGUGAUCAUGAAUCUUUCUGGGGAGGUGUGAGUGAGUGGGAGGGAUGGGGGGGCAUGGGGGGGAAUCACAACUUGUGUCUUUUACUCUCAGAUCUCUGUCUAAAUCCACGGUUGGAGAGGAGUUUCUGUCUUGUCAGCUGCUUCUGGUUCAGGCCCAGACAACCUGUUUUAAUCCAGGCAGAUUUAAAAUGUGCUCCAGAGAGUGGAAAGCGAGGCCAGCAGUGCAAAGAAGGGAAGGUUGGGAGAGGAUGAUGAGGAAUGUUUAUAAAAGGGGCAUUAAUAUCUGACCUUGACCUUCUUUUCACAUUAUUCGUUCUCAUUCUGCCUAAACCACACAAACCCUGAUUCACACCUAAGGGUUUUUAGGCCUCAGUGAGUGCUUGCAAUCCAAGGACACCCCAGUCAGCUCAUGCCUCUUUCCCAUGUUUGUGUGAAAGAGGAAUCACAGGACCAGCAGCUGCUGGACUGUGCUUCCAGCCUUGUCCAGAACCCAGCUCUCUCCUUUCCCUGCCUCCUUCCCUUCUCUAAUCAUAGCAUCCCUCUAGUGCAAGCUGUGACCCUGGCCCUGCACAGCUAACCCCUAACCAUAGCAGGGUUAACAUAGCCAUGGUUUUAGGACCAGCCCCUCUUCCCAGGGCUCUGUAGAUUUCUGGGUUUAAAUAGCAAAAUAUCUCCUUUAGAAGAGGUUCUGUUUUCUUUUUAAUGAGGAGCAGGUCUGACACAUCGAAUAACCAGCAAAUCACACAAAAGACCAAAACAAUCACACAAGCAAAAAGUGCUAAUUGCUCCUCAGUGCUCCAGGGGAACCACAAAUGGCCUUUUCACCAUCCUGCCCUGCAGAAACCCAGAGUCCUGUCUGUCUGCACAUGCCUGGCAGGCACCGAUCCUCUCUUCUUGCCUGCCCGAGGCCAGGAGCCAUGGCACUGUUCACCCUUCCCUUGGGAACAAUCACAGAAGGAAAGGAGUUCUCCCUGAAAAAGGAGGAGCUGCUCAAACAGAUAAUCCCAGCUGGAAUCGGCCCUGCCCAGGCUGUGCUGCUGAUGUGAGAGCUUUGGAGAACGCUCUUACAAGUUGUCUAAAACUCUAUUUUCUGCCAAGCGCCUAAUUACCAAAAUUCACUAAUGGCUGAUUGGGCUGUCAACUUAUGGUUGAAGCUCCCAGGUGUUUCUGGAGCUGGUACCUGACCCCAAAUAAACCAGGGGUUCAGGUUCAGCUGCAACACUACAGAAGAGAUAUUUGGUUUAGGACAAAGGGCUGUGGUUCCAAAAGCAGCCUCCAUCCAGCACCAUCAUCUGCCUCGGUGCUCCCUGGAAACACCAGGAGGGAGACUCUGGUUACUUUGCACGCCUCAUUACUUCCCUCAGCUCUGAAACUGGAUCUUCUCUAUUAAAUCCCUGAAUCCUAGCAGCAUCCCACAGAAUCAGCAAGGUGCUUCAUCAUGAACAGAGAUGACUCUGGGACUGUGGCCAGCAUUGCAAAAAAAAUAAAAAAAAAUAAUGUAUUCCCUCCCUGAGUCUUUGGAGAAUAAAAUGAGAUUUUAUCUUUGCUUACAGAUGAGGAAUGAAUGUUUAGGGUGAAAAGCUACAGAAAUAACAUCCUUCCGGAUGCUGUGAUUUUCCAGGCAGGUAGUAAGGAGCUAGCCUGGAAUUUGGCUAACCUCAUCAGUAUUGCCUUAAUUUGUGCACCCCAUCCUUGAAUGUACCUCACUGUGCUCCAGCAAGGAUGACCAUGAGUACAGUGAAAGCUUUUAAAUGUCCAGCUUAUUUUUUUGACAGCCCUUGGGUUUUUUGUCUUAUUUCCAGAGCAAAUAUUUUCCUCCUUAGCCCUGUCCUCCUCUCCUCUCCUCUCCUCUCCUCUCCUCUCCUCUCCUCGUUUGGGUUGAUCUUGGGGAAAAGAUCAGCUCUUAGGCAAAUGGGCAUUUUUUUCCCAGAAAAAAACUUAUUAUUUUUCCAGGCAAAGCCUCUCUGGCUCAUGUAGCUUUUUCCUCUACUUCCAAAAAUUCCAGCUAUCUGGGAAUUUGAGUUGUUUUCUGUGUGCCUUGAUUCCUUGUUGACAUCCCAUCCCUACAAGUGUUACAGGCCAGGUUGGAUGAAGUUUGGAGCAACCUGAUCUAGGGAAGGUCCUCCAUGGCAGGAGGGUGGAAUUGAAUGAUCUUUAUUGUCCCUUCCAACCCAAACCAUCCCAUGAUUCUAGAAGCUCUCCACUCUUUAACUGGAGCACGUCAAAGAGAUCACUGACAAAGAGCCCUGGAAGUCUGGAUCAAUCUGCUUUGUUAUCAUUGUUCUCCAAGUAAAAUUAGUUUUAUCUGGAGAUAUUCCAGAAGUUUCAGUAAGACUGGAAAUGUAGAUGGAUAUAAACGUCCCAUGAGCUUUGUCUCCAAGGCAGCAAUGAGUGAGAGACGAGCAGGUUAAAAUCUGCCAUCAUAAUGACCGAAACACAGAAUUUUCAGCACAGCCUUGCCCAGCUUUCUGAGGACUCUUAACUAACCAGUUUAUCUGACAAUAAUGAGGUGAAAUCUUGUCCAUUUUCUCUCUUGAUAAAGGUCAUUCAUUUGCACUGUAAUGAGACAAGUAUGAAAAAAAAACUUAAGCCAGUAAGGGGUGCUGGAAGCCUGCCAGGGUUUAUUGAAUCCAGCUACACCACAUGGAAAUGGGGAGCUGGAAACACAGAGGUGGUUUCAGGGCAGAGAAUCAAACAACAGCCAGGGAAGGACUGGAUUUGUUCUCCCCACUCACUGUGGGGGACUGGAGUAGGAGCUGGAGGACCAGGAUGAUUGAGGACGUCAGAGAAAAGCACAAACUGCAGCAAAGAGAAGUCUCUGGGUGUGUUUUGGGAGGAGAAUGAGAGAUGGGAGAAGUUUGGGAAAGUCAGGGGUUGGGGAGGGAUGCAUGAGAGUGGGAGAAAAAAUACAGAGGGCCGAAGGAGGAGAAAUUUGGAAUCAGGUGUCCCAUGAUCUCCCAGCAUGGCUGGAAUCUGCCUGGAGGGCUGUGCUGGAGAUACAGGGCAGGACAGGGCAGAGCUGAGGCUCAGAGGGGGUGGCAGGGACUGGCGACAUCCACAGGCACCUCAGAGUGAGCUGGAUCUCACACUAAGCCCUCACCUCCCACAGCUCUGGGAGCAGGGACUCAUUGCCCUCAGUUUUCAGGGAGAAGCACAGUGGGAAUUAGGGGACUUUUCUUGGAGGUUUCCCUCCAGGCCUGGAUUCGAGCAGUCUAGAUCCCAACUGCUCACUGAAAUAGGGCUUGGGAGGCUGGUCAGGACCCACGUCCAGGCACCAUAAUUUCCUGCUGCAGGGGCUGAGCUCUCUGGCUGGAUUUGAGAUCUUCAUUAGGGCAAAGACAUCCUUUUCCUUAGUAGAUGCUUUCCCAAGAAAGCCCUCAUAACAAAGCUCUAACAUGUCCAAUGUUAAAACAGCAAACCCAUAUUCCUUAUAGGACAGCUCCUGGUUUAUUUUAUUUUUAAUUCUUAAAAAAGAAAAAUAUUAAAAAAUCCAGUAACUCAAAAAGAGCAAUUUUUUUUUUCCUUGUGUAUUCUACCACUCAAUAAAAUCAUAACUAUUUGUUGACCAUUCAA